AUGAACAUCUCUCUCUCUCUCUCUAUCUCUCUCUCUCUCUCUCUCACCCUCACAAAUAACUACAGUAGGAAUAUUUUCUCGACAGAUUUUGAAUAUACAACUAGAAAAAAUAUUAUUUCUUUUCUGAUUAUCUUUUUCCUCUCUGUUCGCGUCCACCAUUUCUUCUUUUUCAUCUUCUUUGUAAAUUGUAUUCUACUACCAUUUUCUUCAAAUCUUCUUUGCAUACUAAAUUCUUUGCCGUUUCUUUUCAUCUUCUUUUUUACCCCUUCUUCUUCUUCAUCAUCUUUGUCUUCAUCAUUGUAUAGUAUCCUCUUCUUUGAUAUGCAUGUGCAUAUUCGUUACACUUUUUCAUUUCUUCUUUUAUUCUAUUCCACUUCGUUUCCUUCUCUAACUUUUAUACAUAAUCAUUUGUCCCUCUGUCAUUUAUAUUUACUUUCUUCUUCUUCUUCUCCCUCUUCUUCUUUUUUCUUCUUCUUCUUUUUCUUUUUCUUUUUUCUUCUUCUUCUUUUUUUUUCUUCUUCUUCUUCUUCUUCUUCUUCUUCUUCUUCUUUAUUCUUUUUCUUCUCUUUCGUAAAUUCGCUUGUGCCCAUCUUUCAAUUUUGUGCAUAUUUGCUUCUUCUUCAUUCUUUCUACUUCUCGUUUCUGCUUUUAUUCUUCUUUUGUUUAUUCUCUUUCCCUUCCAUUUCCUUUUCUAAUCUUGAUGCAUAUUCGUUUCUUUCCUCUUUCAUCUCUUCGUCUUCGUCUUCAUUUUGUUAUUUUCGUGUUUCCACUUCUCAAUUACUUGCAUAUUCGCUUCUUUUUUAUCUUCUUUUUCUUCUAUUAAAUUCAAACCUAUUCUUUCUGCUUCCUAUCACUGACGCACUUUGGGUAAGACUAUCUAUCUAUCUAUCUAUCUAUCUAUCUAUUACAAGCUGUCCUGAUCUCGCUAUAUGA